AUGCUCUCGCUGCUGCCGGAAUCGUGGCUUCAAUUCACGAGCGGAUUGAGCCUGCCGCAGAACCAGAGCUCGUGGACGCUCGAGUGGGUGCGGAUGAAGAUUCUGGAGGAGGACUUCCGUCGCCGCCAACUGAGGGGUGGGGACGACGGCAGCAGCGGCUACGGGAUGCAAGGGAACCGACGUGGCAGAGGACGUGGCUUCGGUGGUGCUGGGCGCGGUGCAAAGAAGGACGACGACUCCAACGACCAACAAGGAGGUACCGGUUGGGGUCGCGGUGCGAAAUCUGGACAUGGGGGCAAGUCGGGUGCUGGUGGCAAAAUGAAAGGGAGUUGCUGGUAUUGUGAGAAGGAGGGGCACCCCUGGUUUUUGUGCUAUAAGAAACCCGAUAGAUGGACCCCCCAGAAUCGUCAACAGGAUGGCGGCGCGCGAAGGAACCAGAAAAGCGGCUCGAACAUGGUCGCUGAUUCGUCCGACAACAACCCGAAGAGCAACGCUGGUGCGGAGAAGAAGAAGGAGCGCACCGCGGGCCAGUUCUUCCAUAUUGGAGAGCAGGGGGAGCAAGGAGACGCCUCUGCCAAGGUUGGAGCAGAGCUGCACCCCCUGGACUAUUGGGUGUUGGACACGGGCGCUGCUUGGACGAUGACGCCGCGCAAAGACCUGCUGGACGAAGUACGAGCUGCACCGAUCAAUGAAGUGUGCUCCGCCUCUGGACACUCGCUGAAGGUGGCUGGUGCGGGACGAGCUGCGUUUAAGGGAGCGGAUGGCAAGCCGGUGGUGCUGCACGACGUUCUCCUCGUUCCCGACCUCAAGGCCAACCUCAUCUCCCUCCGUAAGCUUGCCAAGGCUGGGGUGAGCACUAGCACGGAUGGGGCUCGCACGUACAAGGGGCAGCUGGGCAAUCGGGUGCUUUGGGAUCUGCACGAGAGCAAGGACGUGUACAGAUCCAUGUGGCAGCUGCCGGCAUUGGCGUGGCACGGUGGGGGGCAGGCUAGAGAGGGGUCUGCAUCCCAGGGGGAGUGCAACGCCGUUGGAGGGGUUGGCGUGAAAGUGUCGGCCAGAUCUGGGGAGACAGAUUGGGCAACGGCACACCGACGCUUGGGGCAUGUGGCAAUGCCCUUAUUGAAGCAGCUGGAGAAGGAUGGAGCCGUCAAGGGUUUGAAGCUGAAUGGACAGCCACCCGAUGACAACUGUGAAAUCUGUUUGCUUUCAAAGUUCACCCGUUUCCCUUUCCAUAGUGUGGCUGGCAGGAGCAAGAAGCCUUUGGAGCUGGUCCACAUGGACUUGGUGGGGCCGCUGCCGGUGCAAGGGCACAAGGGGGAGCGGUAUUUCCUAACCAUAGUGGAUGACUGGAGCAGGCUGAUGUGGGCGAAGCCGCCGGUGGACAUGCUGAGGGUGUUCGGUUGCAUGGCAGUCGCCCACGUCCCCAAGACCUACCGCAGUAAGUUGGGGGCGAGUGCAAUCUGGUGUGUACAUUUGGGGCUGGCUGCUGAGAGCAAGGGAUGGCUGCUGUGGGAACCAUCCAAGGAUGUGUUGUUUGACAGCAGGGAUGUGAAAUUCAUUGAGGGCAUGAUGUAUGGGAGCUGGGAGAAACAGCCGGAGGCAAGGGUGUCCCAGCAGAUGGAGCAGAUCACCAUGCAGCUGGACCUGACUCCUAGUGUGUGGGAGGAGGGAGAGGAGGCAGCUGCGGGGAAUGGUGAUGGAGAGAAGGUACAGGAGGCAUCUGCUGGUGGAGAAAAUGGUGUGGAAACUGGCGGCAGCACUAGUGGAGCUGCUGGAUCCGAGGGAGGAGAGCAGCAGCAGGGGAAAACUAAGAAGCCGAAGGGUGUCGUUAUGAGGGGAUGGGAGACACCCGUCUCCAGGCCAGGACGUACCCGUAUGGCUACUAAGAAGCUGACUGCAGGAUCAUGUGUAGUGGAGCAGCAGCUUGGGACCGAGGAGGCAAUGCUGAUUCUACCUCAUGGGUAUGACCUGGAUGAGGAGGACGAACCUGCGUACUGUUUUCUUGCCCCUGCACCAGAGGAACCAGCUAGCAUGGAGGAGGCACUAGCUGGAUCAGAUAGGGAGAAGUGGCUGGCUUCUAGGGAUGCUGAGUACCAGAGCCUGCUAGAGAAUGGGACAUGGGAUCUGGUGGUGCUGCCUGAUGGAAAAAAGCGAUACAAUGCAAGUGGGUGCUGA